CUUCACUCACUCAUCUCACCUUAUCGCACUUUUUCUGCUUUGUUUUUAUUCACAGAGCAUCAGAAGGAGCUCAGGUAUAUAAUCUCUCGUUCCUUUUACGAAAAAGAGAUUUCUUCUAGCAUCAGUCUUUCCAACAGCCAUUUUCUUUUCCCCACUUCCUUGCGAACGCGCAACAAGCUAUCCAGAGCCAAAGCAUUACUUGCAUUCUUCGUCUUUCUCACUCUACCAAUCUAUUCGACGCUCGAAUUUUCGUAGCAUACCUUCUACUACCGCCAAGAUGGGUGAAUAUCGUAUUGGUAAGGCCCCAAAAAUAUCCCCGUUCCUCAUGAUCGCGUUACGAUGCAGCACCUCUGUUGUCUGCUCUGCUGAGCAGUUCGCUCACAUUGUAUUAGAGUUAUCCCCCAACAACCGCGCCACGUGCAAGGAUACUGAGUGCAAGAAGAACGGCGAGAAAGUCACCAAGGGCACUCUGCGUUUUGGUAGCUAUGUCGUCAUCAAAGAACAUGGGAGCUGGUCAUGGAAACAUUGGGGAUGUGUCUCUGGUCAACAGCUAGAGAAUGUCCGUGAACUGUGCCAGCAAGGUGAUGGCUCCUUCGAUUGUGACCUCAUCGACGGUUACGAUGAGCUUGGCGAACACCCUGACGUGCAAGAGAAGGUCCGCCGCUGUGUCAACCAGGGCUUCAUUGACCCUGAGGAUUUCAAAGGGGACCCAGAGAAGAACAAGCUUGGUGAGAAGGGCAUUCACUUGACUGAAGCACAGAAGAAGAAGAAGGCCGCCGCUGAGGCUGCCGCCACAGGAGAUGAAGAGAAGCCCAAGGCCAAAGGAAAGCGUGGACGCAAGAAGGCCGCCGAUGAUGAGGAGGAUGAGGACGAGCCGCAGCCCAAGAAGGCUCGAACAUCCAAGACUGUCAAGGCGGAUGAGGAGGAGGAGCCUGCUGCUAAGCCGGCCCGUGGCCGCAAAGCUGCAAAGGUCAAGGAUGAGAGCAAGGAUGAGACUGCUGCCUCUGCUCCUGCUCCUGCUCCUGCUCCUGCCAAGAGAGGACGCAGAGCUUCAGCUCAGAAAGCAAAGGACGAAUCCGAUGCUGAGGAGAAACCUGUUCCUGUCAAAAAGGGACGAAAGGCGGCCACUAAGAAGGUAAAGGAUGAAAGCGAUGAUGAAGUUCUCGCUCCUGCUCCUGCUCCUGCUAAGCGAGGGCGAAAGGCUGCUACCAAGAAGGCGGCUACCCCUGAGGAGGAAGAUGUUGCGGUUGAGGAAGAGGAGCAAGAGAAGACCGCGCCAAGGACCAGAGCUCGCCGCAGCCGUUCCAGCAAAGCUUGA